AUGAAGAUGAAGAAAGUUUUCAAAUACCAAAGUGGACAUCAUGAAUUAUUGUACGUGUCCAACAAGAAUCAUGAAAGACAUGAAAGACGAAAUAAAGAACUUUUUCUGAAAACGAUGAAAGAUUUGAUGAAGUUACUUAAUUCUAUUGUUCAUUGUCGAAAGAAGAUUCCAUUGGAAUUUCAUUAA